CUUUCAUCCAUAAUUCACUUUGUCUAUAUCAUCAUCAUAUUCAUAUAAUAAUAAUGUCUGUCAUAGGUUCUUUUCUUUCCCUACCUUCCCAAAUCACCGGCUUAACUGCACACAUGUUCACAACAUGGCUGUUUUGAUCAUGUUGUGUUAGAAUCUUAUUGGUGUAAUAUAACAAACAACAUUAUUUGGGACACACUUUGGAUUUCUUGAAGCAAGUUUUUGGUGUUAUUUGAAUUGGAUCUUAAAGAUAGAUUAAUCUUGGAGUGUUAUUAUGUCUGCAUAUGGCCAUGAGCAUAUGUAUUCUACAAGGAGUCUCUCAGCUGGUUCUGAGAUGGGGAGUAGUUUUGUGCUAGAAUCAGGUUUCUACAUCACAUCAUUUUCUGCAACAAUCUUCAUUGCUGGAUUUGCCGCUCUUGGACUUUUAUUAGUCACUCUGCUAGUUUCAAUGGCAAUGAUGCUACAAUCAUGUCAAAAUAGCAAUGGUGGAAUUAUUGAGCUUAGGAAUAUAAAUAAUGACUAUAGUUAUUGCAAAAUUCAUUCUCUGCAUGCUAAGCUCAAUAAUUUGGAAGAACAUAAUGUUCCUAACAUUUGUAAGGACCUGGCUUUACAAUAUAUCAAAGGUGGUCAAUAUGCAAGAGACUUGGAUUCAACCAAAUCUGUGAUUGAGGAUUACUUCAAUGGUGUUAAACCAUCAGAAGAUGGUUUUGAUGUUGUGUUGAUAGACAUAGAUAGCCUUUUUCAAUGGAAUCCUCCUCAUUCUUCCAAUUUGUUACUAAGCAUUAGCAAUUGUAUCAUCGACGCAAAGUAUUUAAAGCGAGUGCUUAUGUUAAGAAUAUACAAGAACCUUCAAGCUAGUGGUUGGUCUAUAAUUUUGUUAUCAAGAGAGUCAGGAACACACCAAAAUGUCACCAUCAAUCAUCUUGUUGAUGCUGGAUUUAGAGGCUGGUCUUCAUUGAUGAUGAGAGCAGAUGAUGAAGAUUCUACCAAAGAAAAUGAAUAUUUUUCUAGACAAAGGAAUGUGAUACAGACAAAAGGCUUCAGGAUCAAAAGUAUCAUAAGCAGUCAUGUUGAUAUUUUGACUGUUACAGAUGCAGAUACAGGAAUGCGAAAGUUUUUGCUACCAGACCCUAUAUGUGACAUGUUUGAGCCUCAAAGGAGUGCAUAGGUGCUGGAUAUUAGUUUUACCCUAUAGAGUUUUUGAUUCGAUAAAUAUUUUUUUGUAUAUUAAAAAAGAGGUGUGUUUGCGUAUGUUUGGGUGAGCGUUUGGCCACCACCAAGGGACAGUGACGUACCUUUUCACGGUGAUUUUCUAAGCUACAAAGUGUAGCUUCCACGUCAAUGAGGUGUUCUGCCGCAGUUCUAAGGGUUUUGGACGCGGAACCAAACACAUACUUUGUUAAUUUGAUUUCAAAUUAUCUCAAUUUUGUAAAAUAAUUUUUAGCUAAAAGUGUACUUCAAAUAAUGUAAUUAAUAUUUGCAAUUUUUCCUAA